GCGCUUGAGCCCCCACACGUAACGGAGUGAAAGCCUGGAACAGUGGGCGCUUAGCAACGGGGCAGAGAACCACUAACAUGGGGAACUAGGGACAGGGGUGGAAUGUGGGUCCUUAGCAACCGAGUGGCAGGCGUUAGCUAGUGACGAGGGGGCCUCAGGAAAGUGGAGUUGUAACCCUGCUGGAUCUGUGGGUGUCUAGCAACGCGGCAAUGUGGCUGGAGAUGGGGGGCCUCCUGCGGGGGACCUGUGCACAGCUAGGACGGACUAUUGCUCUGCCCCGUGGGGCCCUGGAGCCUGGACCACAUCGCUGGGGCCCAUGUGGAUGUUCUUGGGCCCACAAGCUUCAUCAGGAUGGGCCUGGCAGAGGACUGGGUGAAGAGGACAUUCGCAGGGCACGGGAGGCCCGGCUCAGGAAGGCACCCAGACCUCAGCUGAGUGACCGCUCUCGUGAACGCAAGGUGCCCGCCUCCCGCAUCAACCGUCUGGCCAACUUUGGGGGACUUGCUGUGGGCUUGGGGCUGGGAGCGCUGGCAGAGCUAGCCAAGAAGUCCCUGCCUGGAGGACAGAUACAAUCAGCUUCCAGCCCGUUCCUGUCAGAAGCCAACGCCGAGCGGAUUGUGCAGACCUUGUGUACAGUGCGGGGGGCCGCCCUUAAGGUCGGCCAGAUGCUCAGCAUCCAGGACAAUAACCUCAUCAGCCCCCAGCUGCAACGCAUCUUCGAGCGUGUCCGUCAGAGCGCAGACUUCAUGCCACGGUGGCAGAUGCUGAGAGUCCUGGAAGAGGAACUUGGCAGGGACUGGCAGACCAAGGUGGCCUCCCUGGAGGAGAUACCCUUUGCCGCUGCCUCCAUUGGGCAGGUGCACCAGGGUGUGCUGCAGGACGGAACAGAAGUGGCUGUGAAGAUCCAGUACCCAGGCGUGGCACAGAGCAUCCAAAGUGACGUGCAGAACCUGCUGGCGGUGCUCCAGAUGAGUGUGGCCCUGCCUGAGGGCCUGUUUGCGGAGCAGAGCCUGCAGGCCCUGCAGCAGGAGCUUGCCUGCGAGUGUGACUAUCAGCGUGAGGCAGCUUGUGCCCAGAACUUCAGGCAGCUUUUGGCUGGUGACCCCUUUUUCCGGGUGCCUGCAGUGAUCAAUGAGCUGUGCACGAAACGGGUGCUGAGCAUGGAGCUGGCUGGGGGGGUCCCCCUGGACCAGUGUCAGGGCCUGAGCCAAGACAUCCGGAACCAGAUUUGCUUCCAGCUGCUGAGGCUGUGUCUGCGUGAGCUGUUCGAGUUCCGAUUCAUGCAGACAGACCCCAAUUGGGCCAACUUCCUCUAUGAUGCCUCCAGCCACCAGGUGACCCUGCUGGACUUUGGGGCAAGCCGGGACUUUGGAACCGAAUUCACAGACCACUACAUUGAGGUGGUGAUGGCCGCAGCCAAUGGAGACAGAGACCGUGUCCUGCAGAAAUCCAAGGACCUCAGAUUCCUCACAGGCUUUGAGACCAAGGCCUUCUCCGAUGCCCACGUGGAGGCGGUGAUGAUCCUGGGGGAGCCCUUCGCCACCCAGGACCCCUACGAUUUUGGGGUGGGGGACACAGCUCGUCGGGUGCAGAGCCUCAUCCCGGUGCUGCUGCGGCACCGGCUCCGCCCGCCCCCCGAGGAGACCUACGCCCUGCACCGCAAGCUGGCGGGGGCCUUCCUGGCCUGUGCCCGCCUCCGCGCCCGCAUCGCCUGCCGGGACCUCUUCCAGGACACCUACCAGCAAUACUGGGCCCGCCGCCAGGCCUAGCCUCACCGCUGCCUCCUCUGGGUGUGUGUGGGGGGAUGGGGGUACCUCGAGCCAGAGGGCCCCCAUCUGGGGACACCCGCCCACUAAAUGAGAAGGCUCCACCCCACGCAGCUCCAAGGCUGGGGAACCCUACCCCCCACCACCCAGUCGUGCCUGGGCGGUCCCUUCCUUGCCUAGGGUUUGGGAACCCUGGCGAACCUGACCCCCAGAUGACUCCCUCCAACUCCCCCCACUCCAAAGCAUCUGCGCGCCCCUCCCACCCACCUUUGGGGAGACUGAACCAGAGGGGAGAUCCUUCACCUUGACCCGUUGUGGGGGGUCUCCCACGGUCCGGCUUGGGCUGGUGAAAGGCCACUAGAGGUGGGUGGUGCAGUCAGCCCUCACCUCAGCUGGACUCAGCCCUCCACCAGCUGCUGCUUCCGCCCAUCCCCUCCACCUCUGUGUGUUGGGGAGGUGGUGAGGGGUGUCUGAACCCUCAGCGGGAAUAAAAGCGGCCCUCCCCUUC